AUGGGCGAGUUCAAAGUCUGGAUGGAGUUGUCACAAAAGAAUGAGGAUAAUACUUUAAUGAGCUACUCGAGAACGUUUUUGAAAGUAAUCAAGCUUUUUACAGCAGUAUCAAACCUACUUGGCAAAGAAGAGGGAUUGGUUGAUUACUUCGAUAUUGCAGAUCAACUUUACGUGUAUCGUGAUAGUGAAGAUCCGACCGUUGCUUUAUUCACAGAAAAACUGAAAGGUUUAAAUCCAAGCUUCCUCAACGCAAUUGGUUUUUCCUACUCGAAAUUUUGUGAAUACUUCACCCUUGCUUUUGAAGAUGAAUUAGUGAUUGCGGGAUCCGUCUUUGAUGUGAGUGAUCGCAACCAGCUACUAUUUUCGACCAUCAAUUGGAAACAUCAAGACAUUCGACAAUUUCCGUACAGGCUCAAGUCUUUGGAACGCUCUAAGACAGAGAUUCUUUUUGAGUUGUAUAAGCGUACCGAUUCAUUCAAAAAGGUUUAUCUCCUCGCAUCGGAGGAAUCUGCAGGAAAUGCUCAAGCACAUGAAAGUAUGGAGAAGAGCAUCUUCAGCAUGGAAGUCGAUGAAUAUCACAAGUGGGGGCUCUAUAACACUGACUAUAGUAAGUGGUCUAUCGAAACUAACAACGAGUUCUGGUCUUCUAUGUCGUCUACGCCCUUUCCACGAUUGAGAGAUACAUAUCAGCUCCUCAAAGAGAUUCCUUGUUCAAAUGCUGCUCUUGAAAGUACGUUCAGCCUUGCCAACAACGUGAUUGGAUCAAGAAGGGUCAAUCUCGGCGAUGAAAAGCUUUCAAAACUAAUGUGUAUUCCCUCGUUUGUCAAUUCUAUCCCGGAACUGCAAAAUAUGGAACAUCAAUUUCGCUUUGCAAUUGAAGAUCAAGACAAUGAGUGCCCUCGUAUGGAGAUUGAGGAUAUGUCGGACGAUUGA